AUGCACUACUGCUGCUACCACGUCACUGUUGAGAAUGGCGAGAAGUUGCUCGCCUUUCUCGAUAAUUCCCUGCGUCCUAACACAGACAGACCUCUUGCGUUACAUGAGGCUUACACUCUCCUUACCGAAAUUGACCAACUAGAGCAGGAGAUACGAGAACGACAGUGGAUAGAUGCCAAUCUAGAAGCUCACGAGCAUUUCCAUUCCGAAGAUGACCCAGAUGAUUCUGACACUGACGAAAGCACGGAUGUCACUAGUCUCGAUAAAGGGUGCAACGGCGGGUGCUACGACGGAAACACCAAACAGGUAGCGACCGACGGCGUGCAUAUCGAUGAAAAGCCGAUGGAAAUUAGUAAAGGAAGUCCCAAAGACACUGAAUCGAGAGAGGAACCUGGAAUCACCGGUCUUGAACUCGCAAAUGAUGACAAAGAACACACCCUUGAGCAGAAUAAGGCCCAGCCAGUUGAGAGUGCUGAGAAUCAGACGGAGGGGAGAGACGCCGAUACACACUCUAAGGCAGGCUCUAAGUCCGAGGAAAGCAUCCCCAAAUUGGUUUCAGCUGAUGACGACCAUGACUCCACUGGGCUCGUCAAGCACAAGCGCUUUGAGAAGGAACCAUGCUCCGAAUGUUCCACUCUCAACAAGCUUGAACCCCAUCGCCUGGGUCUGCGCAAGCUUGCGAUGAAACUCUCGCGUCCCUCGAUCCGACCUCUCACAAUAUUUGACCUGCCGAAUGACUUGCUCCUUCAGAUAUUCGAGUACUUCCGGGACUUUCGAGUGAACAAACGCGAGAUAAUCUGGUGGGCUCCCAGCAUGCCUCCCUGGCUAGGCCCGACUCUAGAUCCCACCGAUAACCAGCAAUAUCGCAAGACAAUCCCGAGCGUCCGCCUUGUCUGCCGUUUGUUCAAUGAGCUAGCCUCGCCACUAUUGUGCUCAAUUUUGUUGGUUCAACUAGAUCAGCAGUCGAUCGACAGAGCCGAUCAACUGUCGAAGUGUCCACACAUUGCGCAGGGAAUUCGCGGCAUCAAAGUCGGUCUCGCCUUUCGAAUUAAGGACCACGAGUCCGAUAUCAAAGCAUUUGCGGCACACAGCCAGAACAUGCUGGAAGGCGAACUCAACCACUGGAUUCACCGUCUGGAGACUGCACCAACUCCAGGUAUCGUCCGCACCAAGUAUGGAGAGCAAGCGGUUCCCUUGAAUGCAGGCGAGGUCAUUCGUGAUAAUUAUCGGCACAUCUUACACGCUAUGAAGCCUGACCUGCCAUUCCUGAGACCCGAACCGCGGGCAGUCAUAGAGGAUGAGACCAAUAUUGACAUCAUCCUGGUUCAACAGCUUCGAGACCGCUUCGAGCAAGGCCACCGAGAGUAUAUCAGGAAGUACGCGGAACAGGUUGAGCUUGUCAAGUCUGGGUCAUUUAGCCGCAGCGUGGCCGCAUGCUUCGCCCGACUGCCACGUGCAGAUUCUCUGGGAUUUUGCGACUCGACCGAAGCAACAGAACCGUGGCGAUUCACUCUCCUCGACCGAGCCUUUCUGGUUGAAGCUCUAUCGCAUCCACUCGAAUGGGAAGGUAUCCAGAUGCUGGCCGAUAAUCCCAUGGUGCCUGGUAGACUCCUGUUCGAACUGCCGCUCGAAAUCCGAAAGGCGGGCAAAGCUCUUCGCAAUCUGCACGUCAGCUGCUUCCCGUGUGAGGAAAUGACCUCCAUGAUGCCGGCAUCAGAUCGGAACAGUCUUGAACGCGAUAAGAAGUUGUGGUCUGCGAUGCGCAAGAUCUUCAAAGGCCUUCGCUCGGUGAGCUAUGAUCAACCUUUUAAUCACGCCCAACAUUUCUUCGAAACUGCACCCGUCAGCAAAGCGGUUCUUCACCUCAAGAAAUACCUCAAAGCCAUGUUCUCAGGUCCAGACCUUGAACGUGUUUUCGUCUUUCUGAACGUGUACGGGGAUUGGCAGCCCGAGAAUGACCACGGCAUUCUCAACCUCACUCCACUUGUCAGCGGAUUGCAGUGGAAGCACAUCAAAACUUUCCAACUGACCUGCGCGAUCUUGACAGAGUCUGAGCUCCUGAAGUGGUGCGCCACACUUGGCCCCAGACUGGAGAACCUGUUCCUCGCAGGCAUUCAGCUCAUCUGGGGUAGCUGGGCGCCAGUCCUCGAUGCUCUGCGUGAGAAGGUAGCUGAAGCCAAGGCGCACCAUUCAAUGAUGCCUCACGUUCACAUGGAUGAUCUCCAGGGAGCAGAAAUGGACAAGGAUGAAUUUGUGGAGGUGCGGGCAUAUCGCUACGUGUGCGGCUUUGCGGCAGCCGAGAACCCAUGCAGAGUAGAAAGAUAA